AUGCUGCUCCCUGCCCUGCUCCCUUGCUCCGGCCAGACCGUCUUGCCCUUUGUCCUGGAACUGCCAGCACCCGCGGGGGCCACUCGCCUCGCCUCCUCCCCCAGCCUCGGCAGCCCCUGUUCCUCCCCUGGGAGGCUGGCCAGCGGGCUGGGCCGUGGGGAGGCCGCAGAGCCUGGACACGUGUCCUGGCCCCAGGCAGAAGCCGAGCGCUGGCCACAGAGCCACACUGGCCAGGCCCAGCUCUGUCCCCUGAGGUUCCCGGAGCAAGUAGAGGGCAAAGCUUUUGCCUAG